AUGCUGCGCACCCAAUUUCCACUGUCAGAAUACAGCAAGCAGCGCGACACGUUAUCUUUCCCUUCACAUGCGCCCGCUGGCGCUUACCUGACUCCAGAGAACAGACGCGACAGGGACAUUUUGGUGUGGGAAAUUGCGCACCCUCCAUCAGAAAAAUGCACUCCGCCGACAAGCACACCCACCAGAACAGGCCAGCCCAGUCCAGCCCAGCACGCUCGCAAGGUCUUCUAUCUCGACCCUUGCCUCACGCAACAGCGCCUUCUUCUUUUGGGUGCUGUUGAGAGCGUACCGAACAUCGUAUUCUACACUGCGAUACGAGAUUGA